AUGGAACUUUCCAUUCUCUGGAGGGCACCUGAGGUGAACCCCAUCAACCGCAAAGCCCGCAGUAUCCCGGUCUUCAACAUCUUCAAUGUAUACGCACGCGCCUUUCACUUCUCGUGGCUUGGCUUCAUGAUUGCCUUCUGGGCCUGGUACACCUUCCCGCCCCUCCUCACAGUCACCAUCAAGAAGGACCUCAACCUGACUACUGCCCAAGUCGCCAACUCAAACAUCGUCUCCCUGGUCGCAACACUCUUCAUGCGCCUCAUUGCCGGCCCCGCGUGCGACCGCUUUGGCUCCCGCAUCGUCUUCGGCUCCCUCCUGCUCAUCGGCAGCAUCCCCAUCGGCCUCGCCCCCCUCGUCAAGGACGCCACGGGCCUCUACAUCAGCCGCUUCUUCAUCGGCGUCCUCGGCGCCACCUUCGUCCCCUGCCAGGUCUGGUGCACCGGCUUCUUCGAUAAAAACGUCGUCGGCACCGCCAACGCCCUGGCAGGCGGCUGGGGCAACGCCGGCGGCGGCAUCACGUACUUCGUCAUGCCCGCCGUCUACGACUCCUUCGUCCACGCGCGGGGCUACUCCCCCGGCCAGGCGUGGCGCCUCACCUUCAUCGUCCCCGUCAUCUGCCUCCUCGCCUGCGGCCUGGGCCUCCUCCUCCUAUGCGAGGACACACCCACCGGGAAGUGGGCUGACCGCCACCUGCACGCCCAGGAGAACCUGCAGUCCCACGGCGUCGUCGACGCGAUCCCUGACGUGGUUGACGUUCCCGGCGGCAUCGCAGACCGCAAGGAAACGGCGGCGGGCUCGAUGGUUUCCGACGAGGAGAAGCGCAGCAACCACAGCAGCAACAAGAACGGGCAGCACGGCGUCCUCGGCGACCACGAGGUGCGCCUCUCCCGCGACGAGAUGGUCGAGACCGCCCGCGGCGACACGGUCGUCAACCCCACCUUCAAAGAAGCAAUGUCCGUCGUCCUCUCCCCGCAGACAAUCUUCCACAUCGCCACCUACGGCUGCUCCUUCGGCGGCGAGCUGGCCGUCAACGCCGUCCUCUCCUCCUACUACCUCAAGAACUUCCCCGCGCUCGGCCAGACCGGCGCCAGCAACUGGGCCGCCAUGUUCGGCUUCCUCAACGUGAUCACCCGCCCGGCCGGCGGCGUCGUCUCGGACCUGCUCUACCGCUACGGCGGCCAGAACCUCUGGCUCAAGAAAGCGUGGAUCACCGUCUGCGGCGUGCUCACCGGCGCGCUGCUGCUGCUCAUCGGCCUGCUGAACCCGCACGACGAGGCGACCAUGUUCGGGCUCAUCUUCCUGAUGGCCGUCUUCCACGAGGCCGGCAACGGCGCCAACUUUGGCUUGAUCCCCCACGUCCACGGCUACGCGAACGGUAUCGUGAGCGGUGUCACGGGCGCCGGCGGCAACCUCGGUGGCGUUAUCUUCGCCAUCAUCUUCCGCUUCAUGGACAACGGCACCAACUACGCAAAGGGGUUCUGGGUCAUUGGGUGCAUCCACAUCGGGGUCAACCUGUUGGUCUCGUGGAUCCAUCCCCUGCCGAAGAGUCAGCGGCACUGA